AUGGGUAUAAAUUUGUGCGGUUUCCGGUGUAGCAGAUCGUCGGAGAAGGAAACAGCAGCGGUGAUGAGCGUGAAAGUCGUUCAAAAGAAAGUAGUGGUAACUCUUGAGGAGUUGAUCACAUCUUCACCUGGUUUCAACAACGCAAUAAGAGUAAGAGAUGAUGAUGAUUACUACAUGAACCCCAUCAUACAUAAACAAUCAUCGUCAAGAAAAAUCCAUCCAUCGUCAUGUGAUGGAGACACUCACACAACCAAACCUAAGAAGAAGGAUAGAAAGUCGCUGAAGUGGGGGCCUGAUGAUUAUCUACAUGUUGAGGGAUUUGCCUUGAAUCUUUUUUCGAAGGCAGACAAACAAGAUAGGGCUGGCCGAGCUGAUCUAAAUACUGCAAAAACUUUUUAUGCUGCAAGCAUUUGUUUUGAAAUCCUGAAUCAGUUUGGGGAACUUCAGCCUGAUCUUGAGCAGAAACAGAAGUAUGCAGCAUGGAAAGCAGCUGAUAUAAGGAAGGCACUUGAAGAAGGGAGGAAGCCUAUUCCAGGUCCUCCCGGUGGGGACACAGAUUUAUCAGUGCCAUCAAGUACAUAUAAUGGUGCAAAUGAUCUUGAAUCAAGCAAAAGUGAUGUGGCUGACUUGGGCACCAGAUCCGACCUGGCGAGGGUAGAUUCUGCUGCAAGAACUGCACCAGCUCGAGAUUCAUUUCCCCAAGCAUAUGAUCACAAUAAUCUUCAGCAUUCUACUGAAUUCUCGCAGCCACCUUCAAAUGUUAUGGGAUCACCUGCUUCGGGCAUUCCACCCCAAUCUCAUCAUCCUACUGACAAUUACUCUGGAGUAGAUCCUGCUUCAAGAAUGGCACCAGAUUCAGAUUCGUUUCCUCAAGCCUAUAAUCGUGAUAAUUUUCAGCAUCCUGCUAGUUUCUCACGACUACCUUCAAAUGUUAUGGGAUCACCUGCUUCGGGUAUUCCACCCCAAUCUCAUCAUCCUACUGACAAUUACUCUGGAGUAGAUCCUGCUUCAAGAAUGGCACCAGAUUCAGAUUCGAUUCCUCAAGCCUAUAAUCGUGAUAAUUUUCAGCAUCCUGCUAGUUUCUCACGACUACCUUCAAAUGUUAUGGGAUCACCUGCUUCGGGUAUUCCACCCCAAUCUCAUCAUCCUACUGACAAUUACUCAAUUACUCUGGAGUAG